AUGAAAAUGUGUACAAUACCACCACCGCCUCCGCCACCUACACUGCCCAACAUCAAUAAACCGACGAAUAUGCAGAAAAACGGACAGAUAAACGAACCGAGUUUUGAUCCAGAAAUAUGUACUUGGGCCUCUGAGCACCCGGAGUUAAGAGAAGCCUGUUUUAAAAACAAGAUCUGUUAUGAGAAACCUCCUUUCGCGUAUAAUUAUAGGUAUUUCGAGUCUAUAUUGCAGAUAGGUCCAACUUGUGGUCUAGUUGCUUUGUCGAUGGCAGUAAAUGGAGAGGCAUCACCAGAUGAAUUGUUAAGCAUCGCGAAAUUAGAAGGUUACACAAGCAACGGAGAAAUGUUCAGCUGUAAGAAUAUGGUGAAACUGACUGAGAAAGCCUUCAGUUUAGCAGAAGUAGAGGGUGUUUGCUGUACAUUGAAAAAAGGAGGUCUGUACAGCUCAGAGACUAUAAAAAGACUUCUCAAUGGUGCUGUCCUUUUAGUUCCAUAUGACGCUGACUGUAAUCACUCGCCUUGCUUAAAGAAUGGUCACACAGCUCACUGGGCAUUAGUAUGCGGCAUUAUCAUCAUAAAUCAUCCUGGAGAAGACUUCAUUAGUGAUCAGAAAAAUGUCUAUGUACUUUGCAGACAUGGCAAGUCCAAAUAUGUAUCAGCCUGGAACUUAUAUGAUCUUGCACAGAGCAACAAUAAUCUAUACGAGUUUUCUCCAAAAAAGGGGGCUGAUGGGUUAGUCUAUGUCCUCCCUGAGGGGGGUAUAGGAGGGGAGAAUGGAUUGAGGGACCAAUUUUUAAUAUUCGAAGGCUAUUGA